CCCAAAAAAUGAUGGGAAAACUUAGCUACCUGCUAUGCCUGUGCCUGGCCAGCGCCGUCUGGGCCAUUGAACUGCACCCGGAGCCGGACUAUGGACCGGUGGCCUACGAGUUCCAAUGGGCGGUGAAUGAUCCCCACACGGGCGACAUCAAGAGCCAGAAGGAGACGCGCAAGGACGACAAGGUCGAGGGCGUCUACGAGCUGAUCGAUUCCGAUGGCUAUCGCCGCAUUGUCCAGUACAAGGCGGACGACCACAACGGCUUCGAGGCCAUUGUCCAGCGCGAGCCCACGGACAUCAAGAUCCCGUUGCCGGAGCCACCCAAGAAGCUGCUGGCCGCCAAGAUUCUCACUCCGGUGGUGCCGGUGGCUCCACUGGUUCACUAUGCCGCCCCCAAGGCCAUCAUCAAGCAGGAGCUGUCCCCCGGCAACUAUGUCUCCGUCUCCGGACCCACAGCCCAGUACAAGUACUAAAAGGAUCGAACCUCACAUAAUCACCAGCUCAUCGGGAUAACCGUAUCACUGCCAUGCUCCAUUAAAUAAAUUAUAGAUUCAUCCAUUUAAA